AUGCCUUCCCGUAAGCGCAUUGCAAUGGCUUAUACUUAUUGUUCUCCACCUCCACCAACUCUACCGUCUAAUGAUCCAAAACCACCACCUCCGGUGGCGGCGAUUCCCACAACACCUCCGCCAACAUUCCCAACACCAACAUCUCCUCCGCCACAAACUCCGAGUUCACCACCAAACAAUUCCAAGAAUCCUCCUCCUUCACCACCACAAACUCCGCCCUCACCACCAAACAAUUCCAAGAGUCCUCUUUCACCACCACAGACUCCGAGUUCACCAUCACCAAACAAAUCCAAGAUUCCACUUUCACCAACUUAUUCACCACCAAAUGCCUCGCAAUCUCCAGCUUCUUCACCAAGAACACCAUCUUAUAUGGCCCCACAAAAGUCACAAUCAUCACCAAGGUUAGCACCUUCAUCACUACCUUCAGAAGGUGGUAAAGUUCCUUCACUCUCUCCAUCUCCAGCAUUAACACCACUUCCCACACCGACUAUUCCGUCGAGUACUUUUCCUCCUCCACCAUCAAGUAAUAGUAUUAACGUUGCUCCUCCUCCGCCAGGGGGAGGGGGAAAAAACACAACAACAAUCUUAGCCGUAGGCGUAUCAAUUGGCGGUCUCUUCUUCCUAGCCUUUGCUAUUGCUCUCUUUUGUUUAUACAAGAAGAAAAAGAAGCGUGUCAGGGUUCCCGCUACAAAUGCUUGA